CAAUAAAGGUAGCCCAAUUCUGCUCCCGUGAGAUCGGGCUUCCUGAAGCCCACAAUGGCUCCUCCACCUAUAAUUUAGUGUCCGUGAAGAAAUAAAUCUCUCCACGUUUCUCUGUUCUUUGGACUCUCUCUCUCUCUCUCUUCUUCCCAGCCUAGAAUUCACGAGGGUCGCUGUUUGUGACGUAGCUUCAUCAUCCGGCAGAACUACAAUUCUCUCUCUCUCUCCGCUCAACAGAGUUCAAUCAUCACUCUCAGAUCCGAAGCAAACCGUAAAAAAUGGCGUCGACAUUCAGCGGCGAUGAGACUGCUCCUUUCUUCGGCUUCCUCGGUGCUGCUUCCGCGCUCGUCUUCUCCUGCAUGGGAGCUGCCUAUGGAACGGCCAAGAGUGGAGUCGGAGUGGCGUCGAUGGGAGUGAUGAGGCCCGAGCUGGUGAUGAAAUCCAUUGUUCCAGUGGUUAUGGCUGGUGUGUUGGGUAUCUACGGCUUGAUUAUUGCUGUGAUCAUCAGUACCGGGAUUAACCCUAAAGCCAAAUCUUACUACUUGUUCGAUGGAUACGCUCAUCUCUCUUCCGGUCUCGCUUGUGGUCUUGCUGGUCUUUCCGCCGGUAUGGCUAUCGGCAUCGUCGGCGAUGCUGGAGUGAGGGCUAAUGCACAACAGCCAAAGCUGUUCGUCGGGAUGAUCCUCAUCCUCAUUUUCGCCGAAGCGCUGGCUCUGUACGGGCUUAUCGUCGGCAUCAUCCUCUCAUCCCGAGCUGGACAAUCCAGAGCCGAGUAAAGAAACGGAGACUGCAGCACCACUGCCUUCUUCCAUGGGUGAUUGUAUCUUUAUUUUGCCUUAUUAUUAUUACCGAGUCAUUUGAUAUUUUAGACUCCCUGAGAUUUUUGUUUAGCUUUGCCCAAGCAGUUCUGAGUAUUACUACUUCUCUUACCUUGGUAAAUGUACUGCUAGAUACGGUUUGCCUCUGUCGUAAUAAGUUUCUCUUCUGCUUCCGCUCUUGAUGCUGCUGUAUUUCUCUGGAUUAGAGCUUGAAUUUGUUCAUGAAACUCCCCAUUGCGUGUAUGCUGCCACAAUAAUAUAGCUAUCGAAGAUGCUCGACUUCUGAGUAUUACUAAUGGUGUGGAUGCAUUAAGAUGGCUGUGACUUGUGAGAGUAUGUCGUAGGAGCAGAGGGAGGGGCAGAACCAGCUCACUGGUC